CAAUUUCUAAAAUAUUGGCAGGAUAAAAAGGAACAACUUUUUGACAUCGAAAAAUCAAUACAAUCUCCGCCCAGCCAUGCGCACCUGAGUUCUCACGUGUAGACGCACCUGAAUAGCUGACACCGAGUUGCUUUGUGUUGCACUCAAAUGUCAAACGCAGAUGUCAGUGUAUUGGUGAGAAAAGCAUUGUGAACUGACCUGUAUAGCCGGGACUGUUGUUUGGUACACGCUGAAAAAGCAUCAUUUGCAUUGUGCAUUUUGCAAGAGUCGCUGUUGUUGAGUUUCGGAAACAUUGCUAGAAUAUUUGUAUAACCCCAGUUAAGUGGCUCAGCCCUGGCAUGCAUUCAAUUGUUUGAAAUAAUUGUGAUCACACGAAGAAGCAUUCUAAACACACGAUUGAUUAAGCAGAAAAAAUGGACAAGGAUACCAAUCCGUCCGCCAUAAUUUCCCUCGAAUCGGAUGAGGAGAUGGAAACGAAUGCUGAGUCGGAAGCGACUACAACAUCACAGCCCGAAAAGGAACCAGCAACUAAAGUUACUAUUACAGAAUCUCCCAGCACUGAAAAUGUGUCAAGCCCGUCGACAGCUCCUGAUAAUGCUAGUGUUGUAGAAAAUGCGAAGGAUUCCGAAAUAAUAUGCAUUGAUGAUGAUGAGAAGGAGCCUAGCGUACAGGGGACUCCUGAAGAGAAAGCACCGGAAGAAGCUUUGCCAACUGCAGAACCAAAGUCACAACCUGAACCAGUGCCAGAAUCGCAAGCGGAAAAAGAACCAGAAUCGCAAGCGGAAAAAGAGCCAGAAUCACAAGCAGAAAAAGAACUCAAAUCGGCAACAGAUAAAGAAAAAGAACCAGGAUCAGACUCAACAAAAGAACCAGGAUCAGACCCAACAAAAGAACCAGGAUCAGACCCAACAAAAGAACCAGGAUCAGACCCAACAAAAGAACCAACAGCACCAGAACCAGAAUCAGAAUCUAAUGACACUGUACCACCCCUGGAAACGGAAAAUGCGAUUAAUGAUGGAGAUGUAGAAAUGCAGGAAGUGGUCCAAAAGGAGGACGAAGAGAAAAUUUCAGAUAGUCAACCGGCUGAACCGCCAGCACCGGCCUCAGAUGGAUCGCAGUCAGUUGCCAUGACGGAUGCAAAUAACAAGCAAGCUGAUGAUGAAACUGCAAACGAACAAGCAGACAAGCAGAACAAACAGCAGGAACCCGUCGUAACCAAUGGCAACGCUGAUCAGCCGAAGAAGAGCAAAAAACCAUGCGCACCCAAAUGUUGCAAUACGGCGUGCAAAAAGAAAAAUGUACAGUUUUGUGACGCUCCCGAGUUUGCUCUGAGCUUGUACAAAGUCCCUCACAGUAUUCAAGUGCAGCACUUGUGUUACGAUUGCUUUGAAGAGGCGGUUUCUCGCUACGAGACACUGUCCGGAUUGCUGGUAAAUCAUCAACCUUUGCUCUUGCACGACAACCAGCCGGACGUAUCGGAGAUACUUAUGGUGUUGGAUAGCAGCGAUGAGGAAGACGAGGAUACAGUAAUAGAGCGAAAAAAUGAGCCGGUCCUGCCAGCCGAAGCGGUCUCGUUGGUCGAAUCCGAUCUGGACGAUGUCAUCUACAAGUUGUAUGGUUCGUUGUGCUUAGACCAAAUUAAAUGGUCAAACUCGAUCCUGCUGCAUGAGGCUGAACAAAAUCAAGCAACUUCGGAUCGCAUCGAAGCACAAAUGAAAACGUUAAAAUCGGCAUUUCAAGACAUUCAAAACAAUAUCUACAGCGUUCGCACGACCAAGAUUGAUAAGCCGGAGCUCAUAAUCGAGGACGAUGCAACGAGUGAACAAAUUGCCCACGAACGCUUCCGGAGCAUGUUGAGCAAAACGGAAACGCUGCACCGGGAACCGGUUCAGGUGGGCUGCCAGUACUUUGGUGUAAGAACAACCGUGCUCGCCAGCUGGACUGAAUGUAAGGUGCUGGAGGUAAAAUCGGAUAUGUAUACGGUACGUUUUCUAACCGGCGACCCAAAACCUACGGUCAUUACGGCAAAGCAUCUCGCCUAUACAACGCCUCCCAACGUGAAGCUGCUGCUAGGUACACGCGUAGUCGCCCGAACCAGUUCCCCCACCCAGGACGGAAUGAACCGUACGUUUUAUGCGGGCACAGUACUGGAAUCGUUAAGCAGCUACAACAAGUACCGGUACCUCAUUGUGUUGGAUUCGGGCCACCCGCAGUACUCACCGUUCACGGAUGUGCGCGUGGUGUGCGAUCAGUCCAAACACGUCUGGGACGAUGUGCAUCCCCACUCGCGUGAGUUCAUUAGAAACUACAUGCUGAAGAGCGGAUCGGUCCGCCCGAUGGUGCAAGCGCACCGGGGCCAGCGAAUGAUGGUCGAGAUCGACGAUAAAUGGUUCCAGGGCACUGUGCUCGAAACCGACAGCAGUCUGGUGCGCCUUUACUUCUCGGGCAUGGAGAGGAAGGAGUGGAUUUACCGUGGCUCGAGCCGGCUGGCACCGCUGUACCGCGAGGUGAACACGGGCCACGCACCGAACAACAAGUUCUCCAAGUUCCAAAAGCGCAACGAACCAUCGAUCGAGUACAUUACGCUGGAGGACGACGACAGUGAGCAGCCGCCGGAGAAGAAGGCGGCAACGGUCAAUCACCAACCAGCGCCCAAGAUGGACACGCCGAACCGGGCGACGGCUCGCAAGAGUACGGCAAACCGGACGCUCAACAACCACAACAACAUUAACAACAACAACAAUAAUAAUGUCCCCGUGUCGCUGAACCGGAACACCAUCUACAUCGAUUGCGACCAGGACCAGUCGAACGGUAGAACGCUGCUCUACACGACCAAAAACUAUCGUGGCCCGCGAAAGUUUGUACCGCACAACUGUGGCCCGAGCUGCCCGUACAAGGGUGGCAAAAACUUACGCUCGUACAAUCUGCUGGCCCGGCCGCUGAUCACUGGCUGGGAGCGGCACAAAACGGCCGCGCGAGGCCAGAAAAAGUCCGUCGUGCUGUACCGUGCGCCCUGCGGCCGGCGGCUGCGCAAUAUGGCCGAACUGCACCAGUAUCUGAGGGUGACCGAUUCCCCCCUGAACGUGGAGCACUUUGACUUCGAUCCCGAUAUCCGAGCGCUGGCAACGUUUAAAUCGGAAAACGUCUUCUUCGAAUGCACCGAUCUGUCGUUCGGGCUCGAGCCGAUGCCGGUGCACUGCGUAAACAACUACGACAACAAGCAGCCGCCGCCGUGCGAGUACUCGACCGAGCGCAUCCCCACCGAAGGCGUCAACCUGAACCUGGACAAAGAGUUCCUGUGCGGGUGCGACUGCGAAGAUGACUGCAUGGACAAGAGCAAAUGUCAGUGCUGGCAGUUGACGCUGGCCGGCGCCAAGUACGGCUUAAAGGAGAACCAGGACAUCAACACGGUGGGCUACCACUACAAGCGGCUGAUGAGUCAUCUGUCGACCGGCAUAUACGAGUGCAACGUGCAGUGCAAGUGCAAGAAGGACAAAUGUCUCAACCGGGUGGUGCAGAACUCGCUCCAGACGAAGCUGCAAGUGUUCAACACGCACAACAAGGGCUGGGGCAUCCGCUGCCUGAACGAUGUGCCCAAGGGCAGCUUCAUCUGCAUCUACGCCGGCCAUCUGCUGACGGAGGAGACGAGCAAUCGCAUCUGCGACAUGAGCGACGACAAGUCGGGCGACGAGUACUUUGCCGAUCUGGACUUCAUCGAAACGGUGGAAAAGAGCAAGGCGGACUACGAAGCGGAAGCGUACCAGUCGGAUAGGGAGGACUCAACGCCGGCCGGCAAUGCGAACGAUUCGGACGCAUCGGAGGAUGCAAUCGAGAACGGGCCAUCCACGUCGGCGCACGACUCGGACGAGGAGUACACGACGAAAAGCAAACCGAGCGGAACGGUCGUCAAGACGCGGGCCCAGCUGCGAAAGGCCAGCACUACGGAGCGACCGAAUGCGGCCAUGUUUGGCAAAAAGUCAUCCAACGACGGCGUAAAUGAUGAGCAAGAGUGCGUCAAUCUGAUACCGAAUCCCGAGAUGGACAUGAUGGACGCGUCCGGCGGACCGAACGAUGAGUCGCUGUUCCGCAAGCUGUACGGCGAGAAUGAGCAUAUCUACGUGAUGGACGCGAAAAAAUCGGGCAACCUUGGCCGGUACUUUAACGUGAGUAGAAAUGGCGCUGCCUUUACUUCCUACGAUGCAAACGAUUUAACUGUCUUUUUAUUUUAUGUGUUGGCUACCCUGUGCUCUUCCAUCUUCGCCCCCCUCCCUUCCACACCACAGCACUCCUGCAAUCCUAAUCUCUUCGUCCAGAACGUGUUUGUCGAUACGCACGAUCUGCGGUUCCCCUGGGUAGCGUUCUUUGCGGAGCGUAACAUUACAGCCGGUACGGAAUUAACGUGGAACUACAAUUAUGACGUGGGUUCCGUCAACGGAAAGCAUCUAACCUGCAACUGUGGCGAAAAGGGCUGCAAGGGCCGAUUGCUCUAAUAAGUUAUUCGUUUCUAUACGAGAAUAAAGCUUUUUUUUCGAGUGUAGCCAGAGGAGUAAGGCUGCCAAAGAGAACGAGAUAGAUAGAUAGAGAGAGAGCAAUGCCAUACCAUGCCACUCGAAAACGUAUAAUUUAACAGACAUGUUGACACUGCAAUUAUCUGCACUAUGUUCCUGUUUAUGCUCAACUAACACAUUUGGGGCCUUCUAACAAAAUGCCCGUCCCGCCCGCCCGUCUAUAGCUUAGCAAUUUCCACGAAGCGAUCCUUCUGGAACAGAUCCUUAUACGAUGCCAAAAACCGUAAUCCCAUCAGUUCGCCGUGCUUCGAGAGAAACUCCUCUAUUAUCGGUGGAUGUGCGCUGUCCACCUCCAGCCACAGAACGCCAUCCUUGGCCAGAUGUCGGCCCGCUAUCCGCAGGAUGGCCUUUAUCACAGUCAAACCAUCGUUUCCGCCGUCCAGCGCGCGCAGAUCCUCGUAGAUCUUCACCUCCGGAUCGAGCGUGGGAAUGAGCACCGACGGCACGUACGGCGGGUUGCUAACGAUCAUGUCGAACUUCUGCCCGCCCAGCUCCGCCGGCAGAUCGUCCACCACUUUGUGCUUGAAUAUACGCAAACGCUCGUGCAGGCCCACCGUUUCGGCGUUCUCGCGUGUCAGCUCACACGCAUACCGGCUCUGGUCGAUCGCGAUUGCAGAAGACUGUGUACAAAGGAGAGGAAAUAAAAGGCCGUUUUAACAACGCUGGCAA